CCCCCCCCCCCCCCCCCCCCCCCCCCCCCCCCCCCCCCCCCCCCACCCCCCCCCCCCCCCCCCCCCCCCCCCCCCCCCCCCCCCCCCCCCCCCCCCCCCCCCCCCCCCCCCCCCCACCCCCCCCCACCCCCCCCCCCCCCCCCCCCCCCCCCCCCCCCCCCCCCCCCCCCCCCCCCCCCCCCCCCCCCCCCCCCCCCCCCCCCACCCCCCCCCCCCCCCACCCCCCCCCCCCCCCACCCCCCCCCCCCCCCACCCCCCCCCCCCCCCACCCCCCCCCCCCCCCACCCCCCCCCCCCCCCACCCCCCCCCCCCCCCACCCCCCCCCCCCCCCACCCCCCCCCCCCCCCACCCCCCCCCCCCCCCACCCCCCCCCCCCCCCACCCCCCCCCCCCCCCACCCCCCCCCCCCCCCACCCCCCCCCCCCCCCACCCCCCCCCCCCCCCACCCCCCCCCCCCCCCACCCCCCCCCCCCCCCACCCCCCCCCCCCCCCACCCCCCCCCCCCCCCACCCCCCCCCCCCCCCACCCCCCCCCCCCCCCACCCCCCCCCCCCCCCACCCCCCCCCCCCCCCACCCCCCCCCCCCCCCACCCCCCCCCCCCCCCACCCCCCCCCCCCCCCACCCCCCCCCCCCCCCACCCCCCCCCCCCCCCACCCCCCCCCCCCCCCACCCCCCCCCCCCCCCACCCCCCCCCCCCCCCACCCCCCCCCCCCCCCACCCCCCCCCCCCCCCACCCCCCCCCCCCCCCACCCCCCCCCCCCCCCACCCCCCCCCCCCCCCACCCCCCCCCCCCCCCACCCCCCCCCCCCCCCACCCCCCCCCCCCCCCACCCCCCCCCCCCCCCACCCCCCCCCCCCCCCACCCCCCCCCCCCCCCACCCCCCCCCCCCCCCACCCCCCCCCCCCCCCACCCCCCCCCCCCCCCACCCCCCCCCCCCCCCACCCCCCCCCCCCCCCACCCCCCCCCCCCCCCACCCCCCCCCCCCCCCACCCCCCCCCCCCCCCACCCCCCCCCCCCCCCACCCCCCCCCCCCCCCACCCCCCCCCCCCCCCACCCCCCCCCCCCCCCACCCCCCCCCCCCCCCACCCCCCCCCCCCCCCACCCCCCCCCCCCCCCACCCCCCCCCCCCCCCACCCCCCCCCCCCCCCACCCCCCCCCCCCCCCACCCCCCGUGCGCCGAUUCGCCACCAGAGGUGCAGCUGCAUGGCAACAGCGCUGCCCUCGCACCGCUCCGACCAGUAGCGAAACCGGCGUUUCCAGAGUGCGUGAGGCGCGCUUUUCACCCAAGCGCCCGGCGGCGCCCAGCUGCCGUCUCGCAGUAAUAGCGGCGGCUUCGAAGCGCCUCCCCCCCACUUUCCCUCCCUGCACUUACGCUUGUCUCCUGGGCCUCCGGUAUUCGCGAGGCCUGGGGACAUGCCCCCCUGCCCUGCGGCGCUGGAGCAGAGCGGGCAUGUCGUCAGGCCCGCCGGCGUACAUGCUGGAAGGCUAUCUGGCGAUUAAAUGA